AUGUUCACCACUUCAAAAGAACUGAUCACAACACAAACACCGCCUGUUACCGCCAAAGUGACCGAAUUUAAACAGCUCAAAGCAAAACCGUCACCUCAAAGUUGCCCUCCAUGCGACAUUCAUGCAAGUUGUUACGAUGGACAGUGCGUAUGUAAACCCGGUUGGAAAUCCUACCAGAACAUAUGUGUGGACGUUAAUGAGUGUGCAGAAGAAAGUGUCUGUGGGUUACACUCGGAAUGCAUGAAUCGACCAGGAAGUUACGACUGUGUUUGUGAAAAGGGAUAUCGUUUUGAGAAUAACGAAUGUGUU